AUGCGAAAGAAUCAAUCCUAUGACAACUCGGACAAGGCGAGAAGAACGAAGUACCGAAGCAAUGAUAAAGCAAGCGGAUCCAGAACACAAGAGAAAGAUGAAGCACAAAUGCUGUGCUACAACUGCCGAAAACUUGGACACUUUAAAGCAGAAUGCCCAUAUCCUAUAGUCAAAAAGCAUCAAGACGAGCACAACUAUAGAAAGAAUUCGGGAAACUAUCAUAACUCGAAGAAUACAUCCAAUGAUGCUGACGACUCCAGCUCAGAGAGUGAUAGUUCGGAGGAUGAGAAGGGACUACUGUGUCUCUUCAGUCAAGAGGACUCAGAAGGAGAGCUAUGCCUCAUGGCAGAUGAAGAAGAGGUAACUUCACAAAAUCACUCAUCUAAUUAUAGCUCCGAAUCCUUAUAUCAUGAAAACCAUAGGGAAGCAUUCGAGAGAAUGAUGAAGAGUUUUGAUGAUAUUGAGGAUUCACACUUCAAGCUUAAAGAACAGAAUGCUAAGCUAUUGGCAGAAAGACAAGAUCUCAAGGACUUAAGGUCCAAAAAUGCUGAGAUGCUUGAAUCUAUAAGCCAGCUUGAGAAGCAAGUUCAUCUUCUUAAGGAAGAGUGUAAAGCAAAGGAUGAUAGAGAGCAAAACUUGCGUGCGGGAAACAGGAUCAUCUGGUAUGUAGAUAGUGGAUGCUCAAGGCAUAUGACAGGAGACAUAUCAGAAUUGAGCAACUUUAAAACGAAGAAUGGUCCUAAAGUAGUCUUCGGUGGGAACUCAAGUGGACAAACUCUGGGCACCGGAGAUGUUAAGAAAAAUGGCUUAAUCAUUCAAGAAGUUUCUUAUGUCGAAGGAUUAAAGUUUAAUCUCCUGAGCACAAGUCAGUUCUGCGACAAAGGAUACAAAGUAGUAUUCUCAAAGGACAAGUGCCAAGUUAUCUCAAAAACAAAUCAUGAAGUUGUGCUAACGGCAAAACGGAGAAAGAAUAUGUAUGUUGUCACAUGGGAAACAGUGAAGCCGAACACUUGCUUGAUCGCCAAAAGCAAGAAAGAUCUAAGUUGGGAAUGGCAUCAAAAACUCAAUCAUCUUAACUUCAAAGCCAUCAACAAGCUUGCAAGAAAGGAAUUGGUUGAAGGAUUACCGAAUAAAGGCAGAAAGCCUGUUGUAAAAUACUUUCAUAUCUUUGGAAGUAAAUGUUUCAUCCAUAACAACGGAAAGUCACAUCUAAAGGCAUUUGAUGAACGUGCUGAUGAAGGGAUAUUCAUGGGAUAUUCCGAAAAGAGCAAAGCAUUUCGAGUACUAAACAAGCGAACCAUGGUGAUAGAAGAAUCAAUACAUGUAGUUUUUGACGAAUCAUCUAAAGAAGAUAUGGUGAUCUCCGAGAAAUCGCAAACUGAUGAGAAAACAAAGGAUGGAGAAAUUGAAGAACUAUCCGAAGGAUCAGAAUCAGAAGACGAUGAUUAUCCUGCCUUUCCUAAUCAUCUACCGAAUACUUCAUCCCAAACCGAAGUAUUGCCGAAUGAUGGUAAUGAACCAAAUCAAUCAGAAAUACAACAAGAUGAGAGCAAUCACGAUGAAACCUCUAUAGAUGAAGGAGCACUCCUACUACUGUUCAACCGGAUCUAA